UACCAAGUGUUUGUUGCGGUGGACAUAAUUUUUGUUUACGGAAAUUUCAUCAAAGAUACGAGGAUUUAUUUAUCUAUUUUCUUCUAAAUGGCAGGAGAAGUUAUCGUUGAUGCGUUGCCGUACAUAGAUCAAGGCUACGAUGAACCGGGAGUUAGGGAAGCGGCCUUGGCAAUGGUCGAAGAGGAAACACGUAGAUACAGACCGACCAAGAAUUAUUUAGAACAUUUACCACCGCUGAAUAUAAAUGCUUUUGAAACAGAUGUAAUGAAACACGAAUUCGAGCGAAUGCAAAAUCGUUUACCCAUGGAAGUACUCAGCAUGAAACGUUACGAAUUGCCUCCACCGCCUCCAGGCAAAAUGAACGAUCUUGCUGCGUGGAACGAAAGCGUAGAAAACAGUAGCGCGCAACUAGAACAUCAAGCUACUCGAAUCUGUAACCUGGAAUUAAUGAUGGAGUACGGAUGCGAAGCUUGGAAAUCUUAUUUAGAAAUAUUAGUACAGUUAGUAAGUCAAGCACAGAAACAGUUGCAAGCGUUAAGGAAAAAGAUUCAGGAAGUGAACUGGCAAAGGAAAUCGAUGCAGACUCAAGGAGGGGAAAAACUGAGGGCAUUAGAGGCACAGUGGGUCGGUCUGGUAUCAAAGAACUACGAAAUUGAACAAGCAUGCGUUCACUUGGAGGAAGAAAUACAAAAAUCGAUGAUGAAUAAAGGUGAAGCUGUGGAAAUCAAUGAUGUACCAGGGGAGGAAGAACCAGAUGUUCCAGGAAAAAGUGCCACAGAGGUUAUGGCGACCGAAAUGAGUCAACAAGAACAAGAAAAUUAA